GUUCUAUUUUUUCCUUAGUGUCUCUUCCACAUAUCCACAUAUAUACACAAAAUAAAAAUGGGAAGUUAUGCUGUGAAAGAGUAAUGAACGAGCCACCUUUGCAAUUCAUCGAUUGGUGGCUUAGCAAAUCUGCAGCAGGCCGUCAGUCUUUUUUGAAUGAUCCUAGUACUUCAGAAAAUGUUCGCGCGAAUAUCAUUGUACUCGAACAGUAUUGCGUAGCACAUAAUUAUCAAAUUUAUUUUCAGAGCACUGUUCGUCCACGCCCAUUUUCACGUCAUAUUUUUGUGUCCAGCUUGUCUGAUAUUUCUCUAAAAGAUGAGAAGGACGACAGCAAGCCUAUCCCUAUGACUCUGUCUUUUCUCCCGGAGAAGGCUCUUAUCAAACUUCCAGCUAUUCGUCUCAAUGGUGAAAGAUAUAUACAAAAAGAGGAACCUGUGGGAGAUACCAGUAGAGGCGUUCAGGGCUACAUUGAAAGUGCUAAAGAGCGCCUUGCGGAUUAUCUUCGCUAUAAAAAGGUGCUUUCCUCGUCACCGUUGUACGACGUCGACGCCAAGAUCAACGGAUUAGCUUCCCUGAUGGUGGAGGUUAUGUUAGAAUCCAUAACAGCUGCCCUUCAGCGUGAGCAGAUUCCCGCCAAACUGGAGGAAAAUGAUGAAGAAGAGGGAAAGGAGAAGCGACGGCAAGCAACACGAUUACGUCAAACCUUAGCGAACCGACACGCCGAUGAGCGAGCGCCUCAGCGUCCGAUCAGCGUAGGGAAGCCAAUAGCAGAGGAUCUGCGCAGCGCGAGGAGCCUUUUCGGUGUUUACACGCUGCUAUCGAAUUCUUUGUUAUCCUUGGAGGAAGAAGAAGGGGAGAAGAAAAGGUCCUUACCUAUCGCUAAGAGGGAGCGAAAUGCUGCGAUCGACUACGGCGCAUGGGGGGCGAUUCGCAUCGCAUUUUUGGAGAAUUAUCGCUCCAAACAACCACACACGAAUGGAGAAAACGCUGAUGAAGGUUUCUCCCCUUGCUUUACAUCCGGCGUGGAUGGGGUAUUUUGUGGGGAUCAAAGUAAGGGACUUCUCACGCCUCCUGAAAGUCUUGAACAUGAACAUUCAAUAUUGAAAAACGUUCGAAUUCACGAUAGGGAUGUUCGCUUUGCCAUUGCCAAAAUAAUUUGCCAUAAUUGUAUAUAUAAGUUUUUAGAAAACUAAAAUAAAAAGAAUGGAACUUUUGACCACUGUUAUAUAACAAAGUCAAUGUCCUCCUAGUAAUAGUAAGGAAAAUAUUUAA